CGAUGAGGAACUUCUGCACCCGGAUAUGCCACGCAACAUUCUCUUGCAACAAUCAGUUUGUGUAUGCUGUGAUGAGAGAUGGAAUUGUAUUGAUACUCGAUGCUUCUCACCUCUGUCCCAGAUUUGAGAUUGAUCCAUCCACUUACAUCCCAUCUGAUAUCAGAUGGAAUGGGGUCCCCUUGGUGAUUGCUGCACAUCCUGGAAAGCCGAACCAGUUCGCUCUGGGUUUGAGUGAUGGCGGAGUGCUGGUGGUUGAGCCUCAAAAGUCUGAAGAUGAAUGGGUUGAUGACAACACCGAAAUAACAGCAAAGUUGUAGUAAUAGACUAAUAGGAUUAUAGGAAGAAGACACUGAGAAAUGAAGUUUUGGUAUUCGUUUAGAACCUCAAAAUGGGAUCCUGACUUGUCUGCGAGGUUUUACUUCAAUUUGGAAAAAAAAAAAAAAAAGGUUUUGAUUGCAUUCUACUUUCAAUA